CUUUAACGAGCCUAAUACCGAGAUCUCGAUACAAGAACUAAUGGAAGAGACGCUCUGAUUAAUAGAUCUUCCAUUGUCAGAGAUUAUUUUCCGAGUUUCAAUACUUUGAGCAAAUUUUUUAGACUUUGUGCAGGCGGGACGAUUUCCUCAGAUCUGGUGAGACGCUCGCCAACGUAUAUUUGAAAAUAGACACGCCAGGUUGGUGGGUGGUACUCGUUGAAUCACAGAAUUUCAAUAAACCAAGUUGAUUUUCGUUCUCGAAUAUUGUGUGGCCACUGAAUUCAAUCCUCGGACCGUUGCCGUUUCUCGUCUUCGAAUCAGCCGGCUGGCUCUUUGCGCAAGUCGUACCUGAUUCGUGAAAGUGGGCAAUAGUGACAAGACCAGUGAUAUCAAAAGUGUCAUGAGUUCCAGGUAUUCCUAGGCUGACUGUGCGUUGCUCCAAAUUUACAUCGGGCUAAUUAUACACCGCAUCGCACACGCACUUGUCGUUAGUUUGUUGCCCCAUGGGAAGCUGAGCGGUGGUACCUGUUACGAGUGAAGAUUCAGAUUCAACAUUCAAAUUCAAGACUUAGAUUCGAGAUCUAGGCGCAAGAUUGAAAUUGAUUGGAAUCAGUGACAAAGUGGUGAUCGAGAAAGGUUCAAUCUCUAUGAAUACAACCAAAGCACAUCAUCUUCUUCGCGAGGAAGAAUUGACAUCGAUUCGUGCUUGGAUUGGUAACACAAAACUAGGAAUCAGUGCCCAGCGUGUGAAGAAGAAAGUUUCCUAAGAUGUAUCGACGUGAUCCGGCGAAUUUGCCUAACGAAUCUCCCUGGCUGGUGAGGGCGGAAGUUACGAUUAGACACAAUUCUCCCGGGAGUUCAGGUUCGACAGGACCAGCAGGAGCGACAGGAAUGGUUUAUCGAUGGAAUCCGCAUCAACCCACAACUCAAUCUUCAAUGAAUUCCUUGAUUAACUCCUCGACACAGUCCUCGGUAUCAUCGCCGCCCUCUUUUGGAUUCCAGAGGGGGAAUAUUUUUUUCACUUCGACGCCACCGCCAAGGACUAGUUUGCCGAGGACAGUUUCACGAAAUGACGGCUCAAUUUCUCCCAUGGGGCGAGGAGUCAGCGUCUCGGACUCGGGAUACACGAGUGAACAGCUCUCGCAACAAUCAUAUUCAAGUUUGCCUUCGAGGCGUCUAUCUCAGGUUUAUAAUCGAAGGUGCAAGAGCACGUGCAGUAUUACGCUUUCGACUGGAGUCGAUAAAGACGAGAAGAGUGGGUUUAUUAGUGGUAAGGAUAAUAAUGUUAAUGUUAAUAAUAGUAGGAGUCAGGUUAGCCAGGCUCCGCAAACUAUGGGACGAUUUUACAAUGAUCCUUGGAGUUGUCGUUCGGCUCAUCAACAUCAACAUCAGCAUCAGCAUGCUGCGACGAGAUGUAGAUUUAGUACUGUACCUGAGGUCUGUGAAGACUGUGCUGAAGGUUCAUCGACUAGUUCGAGCGCCUUUACGACGCAUUUUUGUACCCGAGUCCCUGAUAAGACUGUUAAUAAGACGACGACUGUUCGUAGAGACGCUGCCUCGCAAACUACGGAUAUUGAAACCCAACAUUCUCCUAUCUUAGGUAUUAAAACUAGGACGAGAAGAAAAACUCUUGGUGCACGCGGAUUGGAUGAGCAGAGAAAGAGAAAGCAGAAUAUAAAUUCACCGCCUACCCCGAGCAGCAUCAAGAGCUCUUCAUCUCCUAUAGAUCAGGAAAAGUCCGACACAUCUUCGAAGGAAGACAGCGAAAAACGAAAGUCUCGUACAGUUCACAUUGACGUGUACUGUACAGGAACCGACGACGAUUUGAACGACAGUAGCACUGAUUCCUCGUCCAGCAAGGACGACUUUGAGAAACCAUCCCUAGUUAUCGCCAACCAAGACCUCACAGUGAUCCAUACAGAGAUGAGUAACAAUUCCAUUCUUCCGAGAGGUUUUCAGGAUGACAAGGCUUUCCUAAAGCGAGCUGAUGAAAGACGCUGCGAAAGUUUCAGACAUGCUCCAAUGAGAAUGCCUUCUCUUGCAAGCUCCAAAGGUUACGAGAGCGACGACGUCUUAAGUUCCCUCUACCCUUCACAAUUUAGUUCCUACAGUGCACUCAGAGAUUUGGAUUCCAUAGCCUGGUCAUCAGCUUCCUCGAGCAGUGCCAUGGUUCUCGACGCGUGUGAUUCCUCUUCUGUUACUUCGUGGAAAGACACCGUUUCUGAUGUAGAGUCUCUCGUCAAUAGCAGAAACAACCUGACGCCUUGUGAUAGUUUCGAGUACGCUGAUUCCUCGGAUUUAGUGAGGAUUAGAAAUUUAGAGAGUGCCAGGUCUAGCCGCAAAGCUCAAGAUAAAUCCAAGACCUGGAAAUCACCAGAAACUGAAAGAAGACACUUGCUGCAGAAUAAAAAGAUGAAUGAGUACAUGGAGAAGCAUCGAGUUGGCUGGUCUUCAGAGGAAAGCCUCGCAGAAUCUAAUGGGAGUGAUGAAGUCGCCUGGAGUUUCCUCUCGAGUGACGAUCAUCCCAGCACCAUCAAGGGAAGGAUGGAACAAGAGACUCCAGCUGUGGCUAAUGUUGUUCUUCAUGCGAAUCCAGAGAUCCGAAGACAGUCGCCUAUUCUUGCGAAGGUCGAAUCCAGAAUUACUUCACCCGCUGCUUCGAGAGUUACGUCCCCACCAACUUCGAGAGUAACUUCUCCUUUUACUUCUAGAGUUACUUCUCCACUGACUUCCAGAGUCACUUCCCCUUUUACUUCCAGAGUGACCUCCCCUUUCACGACUCCCCAGGGAGAGAAGACUGAUCAUAUAGUUAAGGCCUCGAUUUUUGGAAGGGUCAUCGCAGCUUUCAAAAAACCUGGACAUCAUAUCGGCCCGGCGAAGAAUCCCUCCUGUUCCUGCGAUCACUGUAGAAGAUAUUUUGAAGAGCGAUCUCGGGAUCGAUCGAGAUCCUUAUGCGAUUUUGAAAGGAGAUCCAGCUCGCAACUUUCGAGGGCCGAGAGGAAUAGUCGCUCGGCAUGUGCCAGCUCGAGGGAUUAAAUUGUAAUGGACACUGCUACGUGACAGUUCACUCCUAUUUACCGAAUUCAAACAUUAUUCCAAUGUAGUAAUUGUGAGUCAUUGACUUUCAGCUUCUAUGGUUUAAAGACGAGCAUUUCGAGAUUGAGAGUUGUACCUUUCAAUCGAGAUUAGUAAAUAUUACCUUUUUUUGUCUGCUAUUUUUUUAUUCAAGCUUCUGAUCAGUUUCUUAUAUUGGAUUAUCCUAAGAAGGCCUAAGACAAAAUUCUCAGAUUAAAAUACAAGAUGUACACUAUUUAUGUUUUAUUUUUUUUAUUUUAUCAGAAUAGCUAGGUGAAUUUGUAAAUUUACUAGCAUCAUCAUUUUA